AUGCGUUCGGCCGGCGCGGCCGUAGCCGUGCUACUGGCGGCGGCGCUGCCGCUGCUGACGGUCGGUCCGCAGAAGGUCGCGGCGAGGGGGUGGAAUCCCGACGAUGACCGGAUAAAGCGGUUCAACGAGGCCAUGACGACCAGAUACGGCGUGAUUCCACAUGAGGGCAACCCGGCGGCCGCGUUCGACAAGUUCAAGGAGCUGGCCGACGGCCCUGUGGACGCCGUUACCGUGCAGUGCUGGUACGAGAUGGGCAAGAUACGCCUGUUCGGGUACGACUCGUUCUACUUCUGGAGGAAGCGCGACGCAGCCGAGGCAAGGGACCUUUUCAAAAAGGCUGCAGACCGCAACCAUGCGCCCGCUCAGUUCUACCUGAGCUUCGUCUACACCUUCAAUGACACCGGGUCGUUUGGCCGUGACGCCCAAAAGGCCAUCGCCUACCUCAAGAGGGCCGCAGCGCUCAACUACGUGCCAGCUAUUCUCGCCGUCGCGUACCGGCUGCUGUACGGCAUAGGGUGCGCCAAAGACGUCAAAGCCGCAACUGCGCUAUACAAGAAGGCGUCCCGACUCAGCCGGCGGAGCACCGACGCGCUGACGUACAUGACCCCGUCCGACGAUUUCGUGCUGGACGAACGAAGCGUGGAGGCGUUCAAGAGGGCGGCUUCGGUCACCCUGCAGAGCGAGGAAAAGCAGAAGAAGGAGGCCAUGCGGUACUGGGAGUCCAAGGCGGCUGAGGGCGACGGCCUGGCGAUGUACGAGAUGGGCAAGCUGCUGGAGAACGAGCCUGCGGCCGAGUCGACCGUGGCCCAGCUGUACCGGCAGGCGAGCGACAACGGCGUGGUGGCAGCGACCCGCGACCUGGGCGUGUGCUACAUGAACGGCAUCGGCGUGCCGCAAAACGCCGAGAAGGCUGUGCAGUACCUGACAGCCGCCGCCGAGCAGGGCGACCACGAGGCGUCCAAGUACCUCGGCUACCUGUACUACACCGGCGUGGAAAGGCCGCAGGAGGGCAAGCCGGUGAAGCGCAACGACGAGCUGGCUGCGAGGCACUUCGCGGAGGCUGCGAAGCACGAGGUGCCGGAGGCGCUGUACUUCAUGGGCGAGAUCCUCUCGAAAAGGGGGAAGGCGGUCGUCGGGAUCCGGCCCCAGCACAAGCUCGCCAAGGCGCUGGCCAUGUACCGCGCCGCGGCGGAUCACGGCCUCACGCACGCGCUGUCGAGGGAGGCCGAGAUGCUGGAACGCGGCAGCGGCGCGAAGCCCAACCCCACGAGGGUCGCCAUGAUAUACAAGUCGCUUGCCGAGGGGCCCUUCACGAGCACGACGAUCACCGACAGCUUCUACGCCUACGUGGAUGGCGACUACCUCAGUGCCUUCCUGUUUAACGCGCUGGCAGCCUUUGCCGGCGUGCAGGUCGCGCAGCUCAACCUCGGCCACCUGUUCGUGAGCGGCAGGGGCCUGAAACACCUGGAUGGCGCCCGGAGCGUCGCGAAAAGCGCGCUGUCGCAGUGCUUCCUGCAGGGUGACCCGAGGGCGCUGCGGCUGCUGGGCACCAUCGCAGAACGGGAGGGGCAGCUCAAGGUGGCGGCGGAGCUCUAUAGCAAGGGCUUCAAGGGCGGCGACAUCGAGUGCCUGGACCCGCUUGCCAACAUCCUGGCAUCGCAGCGGGCGACGUGGAGGAAGGCAAUUGCGCUGCUGGAGCACAAGCAGUACCGCCGAGCCCGCAACACCGACGGCACGCCCCCAGGGGUCCACCGCACCCUGGACGGCGUGAGAACCUGGUGGCGCAUCAAGGCGCUGAGGGCCAAGCGCGCAAUCGCGAAGUACACGACUCGCGAUGCGGACGAGUUGUAG